GUACAGCAGUGCUAGGUGCUAUGCCUUACCCCAGCACAGACUAUAUGCUCUCUCCCCCCAUUGCUGUAUGCCUGGCACUGACACCUGAGCCUCAUCUCAGCUACAAAUCUGCAUAGAGAGAGAGGGAGAAGUGUGCACAAGGUCUCUUCUUGUCACCUAAGGAGGUGACAACAGUCACAGCCAUCUGGGGACAUCGGAAGAUCCGGAGCAAUCAGUGUUUAGAGAAGGGAUGAGGACUGGCACACAGUGACUCCUAUGUUAUGGUAAUUGGCCCCAGGGGCAGCACCAUGUUCCUGCCUCCAGCCAGGAAAGGAUUCUCUAUAGAAGCUUUGGUGGGUCCGGACAGAAGCCCAGAGGAGCCUCUUAGACCCACAGCUCUAAAAUACUCUGAAGCUGGCCAUGGACUGUCCUCUGGCCCCCUCCACCCUGGGAUCCGCCUGUUUGGUGCCCCAGAUCUGGUAUUCCCGGAGCACGCUGCUAACCCCUAUGGGCAUGGACUGGGCAUCCCCCAACAUCGCUUACUGCACAGGGACCCGCUCAGCUUCUGCCCCUGGAUCCUGAGGCAUCGACUGCCCGGUGAGGAGAAUACUACAGAAAACUAUUUGCUUCAGGGACCCUUUUCAAGGAAACCUAAACGAAUACGAACUGCUUUCUCUCCCUCGCAACUGCUACGCCUUGAAGGAGCAUUUGAAAAGAACCAUUAUGUAGUCGGAACAGAAAGGAAACAGCUUGCAAACAGUCUGUGCCUCACAGAGACCCAGGUAAAGGUAUGGUUUCAGAACAGAAGAACGAAACACAAACGUCAAAAGUUAGAAGAGGAAUGUCCAGACGCACAGCAAAAAAGAAAAAGCACUCAGCAUGUCAGCAGAUGGAGAAUGGCAACCUGUCAGGACAGCUCCAAGGACAUUGAUGUUACCUCAGAUGAAUGACAUGACAGGACAUACAAAAGGCACAUUAUACAUGCAGACUAUCAUGUCAGGUGACUGUAUGCCAACUGCAGGAAAUGAAGUCAAAAUAUACUCCACUUGCAGCAUGAACAUUGGGUCUGCAACUUCAGUACUUUCACUGGCAACAACCAGGGUCUUCUGGAUAUCGAUUUGUCCUGCAAAUGAAAAUUUGGCAAAAUACCGUAGCACUGGCCAAGCAUAGUGAAACGCUCUACACUUGAAUGCAAUAUAAACUUAAUCCAAUGGAUCAAGAACUCUCAGUCAAAAGAUAACAGAACAGCAAAACUUGUACCUCAGGAAUCCCCAUUGUGUACUAGAUAGAGUUGAUGUAAAUAUAUAUUUAAACAUGAAUAUGUGGCAAUAGGGGGGAACUUAUUAAAUAUGUACAAAUAUGC